AAAACCCAAGUAUGAAAUGAAACAAUGAAAUGAAUAUAAUUAUUGUUAUUUGUAUUUAAGAUAGUGUGUUAUUUUUCCUACCAGUACAGUCCGGUGCUGCUUUUGAGUAGGUAGUUGAAGCUAUUAUCAUAUAAUUAAACCUUGUUUUUCAUAUUAGACCGGUUUAAGUGUCACCUUGGCUUAAUAUCUCUUCACCAGAGUAAAAGUAUUUAGUCCACUGAAUUAUUCGUAACCCAUCAGUAGCCAUUCAACAAUCAGAAAGGAAUAUGUUGAAAUUAAUAUUGUGUAUCGGUGUGUUGGCGGCGGCAAGUUAUGCUGAAAAAUCAGCUGUGGUUUAUCUGUUCGAUCCUUCGGGAAAGAGCGGAGUUACUGGAAAUGUCAGUUUCACCGAAACUCCUGAUGGAGUUCAUGUUUACGGAGAAAUACGAGGUUUGACCCCCGGAAAACACGGUUUCCACGUCCAUGAAUUAGGAAAUAUCGCUCCUGGAUGUACAGGCGCCGGACCUCAUUUCAAUCCAGAAAAAAAAACUCACGGAGCUCCUGAAGACACCGUCCGUCACGUAGGAGAUUUGGGAAAUAUCGAAGCUGGUAAAGAUGGUAUUGCACCUCUUAAUUUCUUGGAUAAACUAAUCGGUCUAUGGGGGACAAAUGAUAUCAUUGGUAGAGCAAUAGUGGUUCACGAAAAGGUCGAUGAUCUUGGAAAGGGCGGAAACGAAGAGUCCCUGAAAACAGGAAAUGCAGGUGGAAGAUUAGCUUGCGGAGUUGUUGGAAUUCUGUCACUUUGAGUAUUUUUAUAAUUUCUUAAUUUAUAUUUUAAUAAAAAUUAUUAUAGUUUUA